AUGUCAGAGAAAACGCGCAAAGACGCCAUAACUGGAUGUGAAAUCGCAGACACAGCAGCAUCAGCCUCGUCAUCAGCCUCGCCCUCCCUCAACGCCUUCUCAGCCAUCAUGAACAAACGAAAAGCCUCGUCUCCCUGCUCUGGCCCCUCGAAAAAGCCGCACAGCAAGAAUCCGGUCUUCGGAAGAGAUGGUCUUGGUCCCUACAUCGACCACCCGGAGAAAUUCGACGCCUCGCGCGUAAUUUGUUACGAUGAGAACUUUGUGGCAAUCCAUGACCUGUAUCCCAAGUCGAGCGUCCAUACCCUUCUCCUACCACGAUCCCAGAAGCAUACUCUGCAGCAUCCAUUCGAUGCCUUCGAAGAUGCCGAAUUCCUUGCCAGCGUACGAGAACAAGCUACGAAGUUACGGGACUACGUGGGCAAGGAGUUGCAGCAAAGAUACGGAAAGUUCUCAAAACAAGAUUCUCCCAGGCAGAAAGUUCUGAAUAAGGAGAUUGAGCUUGCGCGUGGGGAAGAAAUGCCCGUGGGUAGAGACUGGACCAAGGAUGUGAAAGUCGGCAUCCACGCUCAUCCGAGUAUGAACCACCUACAUAUCCAUGUUCUGAGCAUCGAUCGUUACUCUGAGUGCCUGAAACACCGAAAGCAUUACAAUAGUUUUGCCACGGCUUUCUUUGUGGAUUUGGCGGAUUUUCCAUUGGCGAAGGAUGAUGUGAGGAGGAAGGCGGAGUACCUGAAUAGGGAUAUGGAGUGCUGGAGAUGUGAGAAGAACUUUGGAAAUAAGUUUGUGAAGCUGAAGGAGCAUUUGAGGGAGGAGUUCGAGGAGUGGAAGAAGGAGUGA